AUGGUACACGGAAAGAGCACGGGGUUGGGUAAAGAAAACCCCAACCUUCGGAGCGUGCAAAAUACGGCCUCUCUCCCGAUCUCGUCGCGACGGCCUGUGGAACGCAAUGAUACUCGAAAAGGCACGGGACCGAAGAUGUUGCCGGGUAUGCAGUCCCAGACGGCGACGGGAAGCGCGGCACAGGAGGAACGUAUGAAGGACUUGGAACGCGAAUUUAAACUCAAACAUCUCGGUAUACUUGGUGUACUUGGGUGGAUGCUGUUCCUACACGUCGCCGGAAUAUUUUUCUUCAGCAAGGGCUUCCUUUUGAGACGAACGGUCCUUCAGAAUAAGUCGUCAUGCGAGGUGCUUCCAUAUGACGAUGCAUUGCCGCGGAAAAAACCGGGCAAGGGGAGCGAAGGAUGUUGGCAUCAGAAGUCUUUUGAUAAGGCUGUUGUAGUCAUCAUAGAUGCUCUACGGUACGAUUUCACGGUCCCAUUUGCAUCAAGCGCGGAGAGUCAAACGCCAAAUCUGUUUCAUAAUAACAUCCCCAUCUUGUUUGAAACUGCCUCCAAUAGCCCCGAAAACGCCUUUCUGUUGCCCUUUAUAGCCGAUCCACCUACCACAACGUUACAGCGCCUGAAGGGUUUGACAACUGGGACUCUCCCAACUUUUGUUGACGCUGGCUCUAAUUUUGGUGGAACGGCAAUUGAUGAAGAUAAUAUUGUGGCACAACUGCGUGCCGCAGGGAAGACCUUGGUCCAGCUUGGCGAUGAUACCUGGCACUCUCUUUUCCCGGGUUACUUCGAUGCCAACAUUACCAGGCCGUUUGAUUCGUUCAAUGUGUGGGAUCUACAUACUGUCGAUAACGGCGUGACUGAGAACUUGUUCCCUCUCUUGCAUCCUAAAAAUUCCACUAAAUGGGAUGUCAUCUUUGGACACUACCUGGGCGUCGACCACGCUGGCCACCGCUACGGGCCAGAUCACCCAGCUAUGGCUUCGAAGCUUAGGGAGAUGGAUCAGGUUAUUCGGGAUCUCAUUGAGAAGGUUGAUGACAGCACCCUUUUGGUAGUAAUGGGCGAUCAUGGAAUGGAUGCGAAAGGUGACCAUGGAGGCGAGUCGAACGAUGAAGUAGAGGCAGCUCUAUGGAUGUACUCGAAGAAGAAGGUGUUUGGGCGCACAAGUCCAGACACUGCUGUGCCACCGAAACUUGCACAAGAACGGUUUGUUCCCCAGAUUGAUCUGGUACCCACACUGUCACUUCUUCUUGGAAUGGCAAUUCCCUUCAAUAAUCUGGGUUCCCCAAUUGAGGAGGCUUUCGCUGGCCCUGGUGGAAAUGAUUGGAGAAAUUUAAUAGCUGUCAACCAUUUGACCUCCGCCCAAAUAAAGAGGUAUCAGCAUGAGUAUGCAUUAACUCGGGGUGCUGAAGAUGGCGAAGAAUCACUGGCACUGCGGAUGUGGGAGAGAGCAGAAGGUCGUUGGAAAAGUCUCCCAAAGGGUGGCAAGUCAAAUCCGGCAGCAUUGCGUCUAGUUUACGAGUCGUUUAGACUGUACCAGCGGCAUACCCUUGAGGUCUGUCGCGGAGCUUGGGCGAAGUUCGAUGUACCCAGUAUGAUCGAGGGGAUCGUGAUACUUUUCGCUGGGAUUGUGUUGCUAGUAUUCUAUGCCAGAGGCAUGAAGGUGGACCGCACAGAACUCACCAAUUCUCUACUUACAUCUGCUGGAGUAGGGGCUGGAGUGGGCGCUGUUAUUGGUACUCCACUGGCCGUCUUCGGUGUAGUGGAAAUGCGAUUGAUUGAGUCGGCGGCACUUUUUGCUGCCGCUGGAAGUAUUAUUGGCGCCUCGUGGUCAAUGCUCAUCAAGCCUGAACGCUUGGUGCUACCUCUGCCUACUUCCUUGUGGGGAUGGCUCGCUAUCAUCUUCACUGUCACUCAAUCAGUUGGUUUUGCAUCUAAUUCAUACGUCAUCUGGGAAGAUGAGAUUCUCUUAUUUUUCCUGUCCACAUUCGGCGUCAUUGCCGGCAUGUGUUCUAUGCGGCAAAAAUCAACCGCAGAUAGGGUAUUGGGGGUUUACCAUUCAAUCCUCUUUGCCGUCCUGGGUAGGAUAGCAUCUUUAUCCCGCCUUUGCCGUGAGGAGCAGAUGCCAUUCUGCCGUUCCACGUAUUAUGCGUCUACCACUUCUUCCACUUCUGCGCCGUGGCAGCUCGCGAUCCCUUUUAUCGUCACCCUUGUUCUCCCAACAGUUGUGAAAUCCUUUUACGUGGGCUCAAAGUCUUAUGAAGGAGCUGCUUCUUUGUGGAUUGGGUUUGGUCUCCGGUUGGGCCUAUUUGUAACUUCCGUCUUCUGGACACUUGAUGGUGCAGACGAUGGUGAAUGGUUCUCUUUGAGCAAGGAGACCUUGAAGUCGAUUAGAGUAUUUUUGGCUCAGCUUGUCCUUGGUCUUGCCUUCGCAGCCGGCACGACUGCCUUCAUAUACUCGAAGCCUUGUAUCAGUAUCAAUGUCAGCCAAGGUAGUUCUGAACCCGAUAAGCAAACUGGGUCUGCCACGCAGCAACAGGGAAGGACUACAGUUACAAUUUUAGGCUUUGGAAAUGUCUACGGAACAAGGUUCUUCUUGCUCGCUGUCAAUUUUUGCCUAGCCAUUAUCCUCAUGCAAAAGCCUAUGGGUCAAGGCGCUAUUGGUCUGUUGCUGUGGCAGAUUCUAUCGCUGCUUGAAAUUCUGGAUACGAAUGCGCUGGUGAUGGGAAAUUCGGCCAUUGGCCCAAUCGUCUUGGGACUUCUUGGUUCCUUCUAUUAUUUCAAGACCGGCCAUCAGGCCACACUGAACAGUAUACAAUGGGAGACGGCAUUCAUCCCCUUAUCAUCCGUGAAAUACCCCUGGUCUCCGAUUCUAGUGAUCUUGAACACAUUUGGCGCGCAGAUUCUCACCGCCGUUGCUGUCCCACUCACAGUCUUGUGGAAGCGACCCUUGCAACUCAGCGAUCAAUCGGGAUCCCCCUCGUCAUCGAACAAGCCUACCAACCAUUCCGUCAAAAUCCUCUCCAACGUCGUCCAAGCGGCGUGUACUUAUCUCCUCUACUUUGCCACCAUUAAUCUAGCUACUACCAUGUGGGCUGGUCACCUCCGCCGUCAUCUCAUGUUAUAUCGGAUCUUCAGUCCCCGUUUUAUGACCGGCGCUGCCGUGCUUGGUGUUGUGGACAUUGUCCUCAUAUUAUUCUCAGUGGCGGGCGUACGAUGGAGCACUUUGAGUGUGGGGGAAGUUUUUGGAUGGUAA